AAAACGGGGAAAUUUUAUAAUUUAAUCUAUCCAAUAACAAGCAGCUGCCGACACUCGUUCCCCCACUAGUGGUUGUCAUUUGGCUUCGAGCCUUUUGGCCUUCGGUGGUGCUCAGAGCUUACCCCAUUUCAUCUUCUUCCUACUUGGCCUUUGAGCAGAGAGUUGCAGAGUUUUCCCCUGUUUUGGAAUUCUGAGACGACCAUUUUGAAAUGGAGAGUUGUAUCAAUUCCUUGUUCUAGUAAUACAAGGUUCCAUUGAAUGCGUUAGUGCUUUUUGUUUCUAAAUCUUCAUCUGGGUUUCAACUGCUAUCUGAUUCUUGUUCUGAAACUAUCUUCAAUUAUCAUAAUCUCUGAAGAAAUGCUGUCGGCAAAAUCUGAGUCUGAUAUUACCAGUUUGGCGCCAUCGUCGCCUUCAAGGUCACCAAAGCGACCAACAUACUAUGUGCAGAGCCCUUCAAGGUGUUCUAAUGAUGGGGAUAAAUCUUCAUCAAUGCACACUACUCCAAUCUAUAACAAUAGCCCAAUUGAGUCACCUUCACACCCGUCGUUCGGCCGUCAUUCAAGAAACUCAUCUGCGAGCCGAUUUUCUGGUAUUUUCCGGUCAUCUUCAGGCAGAAAAGGGAGCAAGAAACAGAGCAAUGACAAGGGGUGGCCUGAGUGUAAUGUGAUUAUGGAAGAAGGGCCCUAUGAUGACCUUGAGGACAAGGCUCUCUCACGACGCUUUCAGGCAAUAAUUGCUCUGCUGAGUUUCAUUACUUUGUUCACUCUUUUAUGCUUGAUCAUUUGGGGCGCCAGCAGGCCUUUCAAGGCACAGAUUUCUGUCAAGAGCUUGGCUGUGCAUAAUUUCUAUGUUGGGGAAGGUUCAGAUUCCACUGGGGUUCCUACCAAGUUACUGACAUUGAAUAGCACAUUGAGGUUAAGCGUAUACAACCCUGCAACAAUAUUUGGCAUUCAUGUUACCUCCACACCAAUUGAUCUAAUUUAUUCAGAGAUUGUUGUGGCAUCUGGUCAGUUGAGGAAAUAUUACCAACCAAGAAACAGUCACCGGACAGUAUCUGUCAAUUUGGAAGGAAUCAAGGUUCCCAUGUAUGGAGCUGCAUCAACUUUGUCUCUUCCCUCAACAAGUGGUCCGGUUCCAAUGACGUUGGUGUUCAAAAUUCGAUCCCGAGGAAACGUUGUUGGGAAGCUAGUGAGAACAACGCAUAUAAAGCAAAUCUCUUGUCCAGUAGGCAUUGAUUCUACCAGCACCAAAGCCAUCGUGUUCAAGAAGAAUUCAUGCACAUAUGAGUGAGAUUCUAUUGCAGUUAUUGCACAACUAGGCUCACUGAGUCCUGAGUUUCGUAUCAAUGCAGUUAUCUGUCUGUGAAUGAAGUUGAUAAGAAAUUUGUCCGCAGAUUAUUUUUUUGUUGGUUUGUGCAGAGAUACCUCAGUCAAUAAAGAGUCCACCUUUGUAAAGUUCUUUCUGUUUCUGUGCAAGAGUGUUAACAAAACUGUAUCAGAUUUGUCUCCUCAACCAUCUCUGAAUGGCUUUAAAUGACUAAAAAUGAAGCCAUACUCUUAUUUCA